AACAGAAAGGUUCGGCGCGUUGCCUUGUAAGGCGGACACAAGUGAGUGAAUGGUGGAGUGGAAUAUUAAUCCCUCCUUGUGUAGUUAUAAACUUUACAACAAAACAAAUGAAUGCGUGACGAGUGGGUGAGUGGUUUGGACAUUAAACGAAAAAAUCUAUCCAAUUACUUCGGCGACGAGGGAACGAACUGUGUCUCCAUGUUUACAUUGACCGUAGAGAAGGAGAAAUUCGCGCGCUUGUGUCCAGUGAUUCUGGAGUGAAUACGACAGAGGGGAAUAUCGUAAAGUGGUAAAAAGUCGUGAGCUGGAAGGGGAACAGUCGCUCAUAUGCGACCUUGAAAUUACGUAUACGUAAAAAUAUUAGGGAAAAAAAUAAAAUAACACGACAAUCCGUCAAAAGUACACGAGGACACCAUUUUAUACUUGUGGUUUUAUGGUAUACGAAAAUAACAAACUUGUGAGUAUCUAUUAAUAGUAGUGCACGAGUGAAUCUGAUUAAUCUGACAUCAGCGAGGGGGUGUUUGUUGAGUAUUUUAAUCGAAAUAUAGAUCCGUCGCUUGUGGUGGAGAAAGGGAGAGACGUGCAUAACCUCUAAAACGUUAGCGUUACCAGACUCGGCGUUUGGCGUUGGUUUUUUUGCUCGUUAAAUAGAAACAAUAGUGACGAGAAUGAGAAUAACGAUCUCUAUUUUUUCAAUGGUUCGUUGACGUUCUAAAAAUAAUAUCGUGAUUAUCAGAAGAGUGAGGAGUAUAUUAUUGGGUGAGCGGGAGACACAGAAUUAUUUGUGGAAUCGAUCAGUUGAUGGAUGAAAGUGCAAGAAUGCUGCAGCACGGAGGUUCUAACGUGGGUUUGAUGGGUGGUAAUGGUGGCCAGGGUGCCCAGAAUGCUGGUGGUUAUGGAAGUAUGGGACCGGUUGAUGGAUCGGCAUCUCAGGGACCUGAACAGGCUGUUGAGGCGCGUAAACAGGACAUCGGUGAAAUAUUACAACAGAUCAUGAACAUUACUGAUCAGAGCCUUGACGAGGCACAAGCCAGAAAGCACACCCUCAACUGUCACAGAAUGAAGCCAGCGUUGUUCUCAGUGUUGUGUGAAAUAAAGGAGAAAACCGUUCUUUCGCUGAGGAAUACCCAGGAGGACGAGCCUCCAGAUCCUCAACUGAUGAGACUAGACAACAUGCUAGUCGCUGAAGGAGUAGCUGGUCCGGAAAAGGGUGGUGGUGCUGGUGCAGCGGCUUCCGCAUCAGCAGCGGCGGCUGCUGGACCACCAGGACAGCCGGACAAUGCCAUUGAGCACUCGGAUUAUCGCGCCAAGCUAGCUCAAAUCCGCCAGAUUUAUCAUCAGGAACUGGAGAAAUACGAACAGGCCUGCAAUGAAUUCACAACGCACGUUAUGAAUCUCCUGAGAGAACAAAGUCGCACAAGGCCAAUUACCCCGAAGGAAAUCGAGAGGAUGGUUCAGAUUAUUCACAAAAAAUUCUCCAGCAUUCAGAUGCAGCUCAAACAAUCGACUUGCGAAGCCGUUAUGAUUCUCAGGAGUCGAUUUCUCGAUGCCAGACGUAAACGAAGGAAUUUCAGCAAACAGGCUUCCGAGAUACUCAACGAGUACUUUUAUUCACACCUGAGCAAUCCCUAUCCAAGUGAAGAAGCGAAAGAAGAGCUUGCGAGAAAGUGCGGCAUAACCGUCAGUCAGGUAUCCAAUUGGUUCGGUAACAAGAGGAUACGUUACAAGAAAAACAUCGGCAAAGCACAGGAAGAGGCGAACUUAUACGCGGCUAAAAAGGCUGCUGCAGCUUUUGCAGGAGCAUCGCCGUACAGUAUGGGCGGUGCUAGCCAGGGUACACCAACGCCUAUGAUGUCACCAGCACCACCAGGUGGUCCACAGGACAUGGCUGGAUACGGUAUGGGAAUUAAUGGAAGUGAUUAUGGCUCGCAACCCUACAACGACGGCUCAAUGGGUUACGACCCAAUGCAUCAGGGCAAGAUGGGGGCUGGAUGGAUGCAGCAGCGCGAUACUGUACCAGAGUUUCCGCCUCUCCACGAUUCAGCGGAUUCCGAUUCAGACCGGGAUGAAAAACGACCACGGGUUUAGGAGAGAAAUUAAACAAAUUGUCGAAAGAAUAAAAGAGAAAAAGUUGCAGUGAAAAAUAAUUCAUGAUAAUACUAAGUAAACGGCUAACGAAGGGAUAAUAAGUAGAGUACUAUCAGUAGAGCAGGAAGAACGAAGCGUGAGGAAUGAGAGGAGAGAUUCGCUAGGACGAGAGACAGAUAAGCUAAUACAUGAGGAUGGAAAUACAAAUGCAUUUAAAAGUGAUAAAAUCACUUGAUCCGAUGUUUUCGAAUACAUAAGUGAUUAAGAACAUGAGGAGAAGUUUAUUACAAGGAACACGUAGACAAAGACGCGCAUUCUUAUCGAACUAGUUGGACCCACAACUGAUAUGUUGUGAUGAUUGCAAAGGGAAAACUUGUAUGAAAAUGUGAUUAGCGCAAAAGAUUGGCAAAACUUGGUUCCUAAAAAUUGCGAGACAAUUAGGAAAUUUUUUAGAGUUUAACAAUUUUAAAAAUAAAAAAAAAUUUUUUUUAUUAAAAUAGGAAGAGACGAGUUUUUCGUGAUACUGAGACAUGAAGGGAGAGAAGAGAAUGGAAUUUGAAUGAUAUUUGAUAAAUAGAUAUUAGAAAAUAGUAGAUACGUAGUUUCUUUAUUUAAAAAAAUGACUGAAAUCCAGAAAGAAUUUUUUUUUAAUUAAAAUUUUUUGUUAGCAAAAAAAUACAUGAAAAUUUAAAAUUAGUGCUUAGUGUUUUCAAAGCAUAAGGCUUCGUCUAUUGUCGGACACCAAUGAUGAAUUGAUGACUAAUAUUUUGAUUAAAUCAAUAAUUCAAGUUAAAAAUGAUUUUAAAAAACAUGCAAGUUUCCUGUGGAAUCACUCACUCAGCCUAUCCCCUCACACACGUGAUGUAUCAAUUUCCUUAUAAUAAGAAGACAAUAUAGAGCAUAAAAAACACUUUGACGGCGAAUCAACAAAAAUUUACUAAUAAAGCAGGAACUCCGUGUACAAUUCGAUUGAAUUUUCAUGCUCACCUGUCUGUUGCCAUGCGCUUACACUCGUUUCUUCCAAAUCCACACGAUUAUCCAUAAUUUUACAAAACAUGAUUUGUAUUAUUAUUCAUACGCCUAGCUACUGAAUAUGCUUCCCAUGGUUCACGUACAUUAUUUUUCUCAUUUUUUAAACGUCUAAGUUAAGCUUCUUGUCAACUGGUUGCGCCGUUCUUUACCCAUUAAUUUUGAUGUUUUUCAUUUCCAAUAAAUCAAUAAAUAAUUUGCAAUGUUUGUUAUGUUGGAAAAUUGUACAUGCAUGUUGUAAUCAUACUUCGUAAAUCAAUUAUUUCUACAGCACGUGUUGACAAUUUAAUUAAUUCAUCAUCGCCGUUUCCCCCCUGCCCCGAUAAAUCCGAUAUUUGCUCUCGUAAUGAUGUUUUUACUCUCAAUUUUUCGUUCUUCAAUUUCAAAGAUUUCAUUUCAUGUUUGAUCGUACAUAUAUAAUUUCACGUAACUGCGUAAAUUCUCAUGUUUCCAUUAUAUAUGUCCUGUGUGUAUAUACUGAUGAAUUAUCAAGUUGAGGGAGAAAUUAUCUAUUAAAAAAAUUGGAUGAUUAAAAUCAAAAAAAAAAAAAAAACAAAAUGGGAGCUGUUACGGCGAGUUGUUAUACGCCUGACGUGCCUACAUGUGGCCAAUGUCUGCUUUCAGGAGCUGUCGCCUUGAAAACAUUAGAAGAUACUGGAAACAUUAAAAAAAAAAUCCUCUAAAAUUAAACUCAAAUAUGAUAAAUACAUAAGAGUCGAUCACCAUACAAUCUGUGAUCCUACGCUCCCCCCCCACCCCCCUCAACGGCGAGCAAUACGAUAUAAGAUCGAUAUUAAAAUUAAUAAAUUACGGUAUUACCUUUCCCGAGGACAAGGAGUGUCUUCAUAAUCACCAGUACUAUAAUUUUUUUAAUAUAAUCGACAGUGAAGAUUGACCUCAUCAAACACGAGAAAAAAAUUGACGAUGGCUACUAAUGUCUAUUCGUUCAGAAGCGAAAUAAAUCUUUUUUUUUUUAAUAUAAAAGAGCAAGAUAUAUAUUUUUGCGGCACUCCUUGUUUCCAAUGCCGCCUUUCGCAAAAGAUUUAGCAAUUUCCCUGAGAUGCAGAGCAGUAAAAAAGAAGAAAAAAUAAACGAAGAAAAAAAUUUACGAGAACGAAAAUAUAUUAUAUAUUUAAGAAUUGAAGAAAAAUAAUAAAGUAAGAUGGGAAACGAAGCAAUGAUCCUGCAACACAACACUGAUGUAUACGAUUUUUCAACAUGAAAAUUAUUAUAUAUUGUAGCAUAUAGAAGUAUAUAAAUAAUAAGUGAAGAAAUGAACUUUAGAAUCUAGGCAAAUUGUAACAGCUGAAGAAAUCAUUAUGAACGGCGUUGCUCUUGUAAUCAUGAUUUAUUAAUUAUUGCCAUUAUUAUUAACGUGAUAACUACAUUUUUACAAAUGUAUUAUUAAUAUUAAUUGCGUCAUCUGUACUGCUGCGAAGAGUUUAACAUCAUUUUAAUGUUUUUUUUUUUAAUUAUCACUGAAUCAUUGAGUGUUACAGUGAUUAGACAAGUGAACAGGAUAUAUUAUUAAUUUUUAUCGGCUAAACAAUUUAACGAAGUACGAUGUGAAACUUGCGCCGAUCGAUAAUAAACGAUGCAUAAGUAGUGUUUAGUAGGGGAUAAUCCCCUUCUGUUGUAUAAAAAGGUGAAGACGAUAAAAAAAAACUUUUGAAAGACACACUAUUGGGUGGGUUGACACUGUUGUUAAUAAAUAUGUCGCAAAAGGAGUGUAGCUAUUGGCUAAAGGUAGUAUUGAUUCGUGAAAGAUCGCGGGUGAGAGUGAGAGGGAAGAGGGAGAGAAAAGUCGCGCAGGUCAUUGUGACGACAAUUGCAGAUUUCUUUGCCCCCGUUUAUCACUGUCUUUGGCCAAUUUUUACCCCCAAUUAUGGGGGGGGCAAUUUUUCUUUUUCUCAUAAUUUUUUUUUCAUCUCGAGUUGUUCUUUGCGACCAGUACAAGUGCAUUCGGCACAGCUAGUAUACGAUAAUAUGCCCGGGCUGAUCUUGCACUCGUGCAUUCGUCAAACUGUUGUGGCAUCGACAUAGGCACUAUCUAACAUUUUAGUAAGAUACGAAAAAAUGAGAAAAUUUACAAAAAAAAAAAAAUAAAGUGGGAGAGAAUUAAUAUUUAACAUUUAUGAAUUCGCUGUAUAAAAUAUAUUCAUAUUUUUCAUUCUUUCUUUGAGAGAAUUGAAACCCGAGAAAUGCGGAUGAAAUUGAUAAAUCCUUUUUCUUCAUUACUUCACAUUUUUGUCUCCGUCCCAUGGAAAAAAUUAUCCCGAUUACAUGCGUUGUUUUGUUUGCCUCCUGGUGGUUGAAUAUGGUUUUCCAUUAAAAAUGAGGGAUGGAAUAUCGGGAAAUUCCUGCGGCCAACGUUGGACGGAAAUUUUUAAAAUACAGAGCGAUGGAUUAAACGAGUUCGGGGAGGAAUAAUAUAAUUUUUUGACACUAUUUUCAUUUCCAAUGUCGCUUGGAAAUGGUCAUUCACAGCGCAACGUUGGCCGGGGUGAUUCGCGAUGUUUGGACCCAUGAGAUACGACAGUAUACCACGAAAUAUCAUUGUAUCUAUUGAAUGCAUUAUGAUAAACUCAAUAAAAGGCUCUAAAAUUAUUA